AUGUCCAUCGAGUCGGUGAUGCCAUCCAACCAUCUCAACCUCUGUCAUCCACUUCUCCUCCCGCCUUCAAUCUUUCCCAACAUCAGGGUCUUUUCCAAUGAGUCAGUUCUUUCCAUUAGCUGGUCAAAGUAUUUCAGGAUCGGUCCUUCCAAUGAAUAUUCAGGACUUGUUUCCUUUAGGAUUGACUGGUUGGAUCUCCUUGCAGUCCAAGGGGCUCUUAAGAGUCUUCUCCAACACCACAGUUCAAAAGUAUCAAUUCUUCGGUGCUCAGCUUUCUUUAUAGUUCAACUCUCAUAUCCAUACAUGACUACUGGAAAAACCGUAGCUUUGGCUAGACUGACCUUUGUUGGCAAAGUAAUGUCUGCUUUUUACUAUGCUGUCUAG